AACACCCCCCUCAAAACAUGUAGAACAUCAGGCUAGAGUUUUCUCGUCCUUCUUUCCACUUAUGAAGAAGUUAAUAACCCAAUUGCCUUCGUUGGCAUACCAAGAUGGAACAACGUUUUCCCGGGAGCAACCCAGUGGCUAAAACCAUGGAGUCAGGGUCUGUGUGCAUUUGGCCACGGAUGGGGCCCUUCCUUUUGGGAGCACUGCAGGUGGCGCCCCCUUCAAAACUUGGCUUGCACUACCUUCGCAAGAUGGCUCUGUAUGUGCGUACAAGGGAUGGCUGCUUCCCGAUUUUAAGUUGGCCUAUGUGGAGACACAUCGCAUGUGGGAAGCUUCAGCUCACAGAAGACCUCGCAUGGCUCUACUUUGAGACCUUUGACCUCCUCACGUCCCGCCCACCAGAGGAGAGACUGGGAUGGGCAGAGGCUCUGUCCCAAUGCUCGGACUCCAAACAGCUUGAACACCAGCGAAGUAAGUUAUUCGUGGACACCUUGAAGUUUCUACUCUUCCUCUACAUCCAGCAGCUAAACCGCGUGUCUCUGCGCACCUCUCUAAUUGGGGAAGAGUGGCCCAGCCCCCGCACUCGCUCUCCUUCUCCUUGCUCUGAGAGGGAGUCGAAGAACAGUUCCCGCAACAAGAACUGGGAUGACCAUGCCCACCUGUCCUUUGUGUACAGUCACCUGGGAGACCUGCUGGAACUGCUGGUAGAACCAGGCCAACUCUCCAGCUCUGGCCAGGCCAUACGAGGCAGUCAGGUGUCCCUGGAAGCUGUGCAGGGCUUGAGCCUCCUGCUAGAGGGCUCAGCGAACCCUGUUAAAGCUAUUCAUCCUGUCCACAAGCUCCUGACCAAAGCUCCGCUGCAGGCGCAAGCGGGCUACUCCAAGCUGAGUCGCUCCUUCCCCCUGCAGCAGCUGCUCACCUGUCUCCGGCAGAACCUCACCGUCAAUCCCUUCGGCAUAACCGCCUGCCUGCACUCGGGGAAGAAACUCACCUGGGCCCAACAGGUGGAGGGCUCCAUGAAGAGGGCCAAGAUAGUGAGGAACACCCACAUGGCUCCAGCUGGUAGCGGGAUGCUGCUGAUGUCCCAGGUCUUCCAACAGACGCUGGCUAAAGACUCGGACAAGCUGACGGGCGCCAACAUAAGAAUACACAGAUGCUCUCACGCCUUUAUAUACCUCUUAUCACCUCUAAGGUCAGUGAGUGUGGACAAGUGCCGCAACUGCACGCUGGUCUUGGGCCCCGUGGAGACCAGUGUCCACAUCCACUGCUGUGAGGACGUGCGGGUGGUGUGUGUGGCCGGACGCGUUUCCAUAGGAGCCUCUUCUCGCUGCACCGUCCACACACUGACCCCAACCCGUCCACUGCUGCUGCCCGGGAACACAGGCAUCACCCUGGGGCCUUUCCACACGCACUACCCCAACCUGGAGGACCACAUGGGCAGCGCGGGGCUGGCCGUGGUGCCCAACCUCUGGGAUGAGCCCUUGCUGCUGGGUGUCGACGGCCUUGUACCCCACUCGUUCAGCUCUCCUUCCAGCACAGACUCUUCUACGGGCUGCUACCGGCUCCUGCCCCCGGCAGAGUUCAGCGCUCUGGUGGUGCCUUUCACGAUGGAGGGGGACACGUGCGAGGUGCCGGGUGGGCUGCCUCCAGUGUACCAGGCAGCGCUCGCUCAGAAAGAGAAGAGGAUUCGGAACAUGCAGAGAAUCGUGUCGGAUUCCCAGCUCAAUGAAGAACAACAAAGUCAGUUCCAGGAAUUGGUGACCCAGCACUUCCUGGAUUGGCUUCGAGAUAAGGGCCACAUUCAGGAGCUGUCCAACCUGGCCCCCCAAACCCAGCCUGGUCAGGGCCCCUAUAAUGGACCCUCAGCAGACUCAGAUGGACAGGCCCAACCGGGGGCUAUCGAUGUUAAUGAAGCCCGAAUUAGACACGCAGUGGAGCAGACACAGGUUUCCUCAAGUUAUUACGCAAUAUGUUAACUUAGUAUAGUCUUGUUUGUUUUGAUAAGGACCCCCAGUAUUGGAACACCUCCUGGGUAUUGGGUUUAUUUUUUGUCAAAGGGCUAAUUAACUAUAACAAUUUGGGGAAUUAAGUUUUAAACAUUGAAAACAGAUGAAAUAAAGCCAGAAAUUGAAUAAUU